UCAAGGAUGUUGGAGGCAGCUUGGAUAGGAUUCGAGGUGAAGGACAAAAUUAGAUAUCGUCCGUCUAGAUGGUGAUGACGGUGAUAGGUAGGUCAGCAGUAUGGGUGUAACAGCACACUGCAUAGACUAGACAACUACUGUUUCUUUUCUAUAAGUCUAUUAUUACGACUAUGUACUUUCAAAAACCGUCGACCGAGGCGACCUCUUUUGACUUAUCAAUCGGAAUUAUCAAAAACUUGCCUAUCACCAAAACACUUCAAAAGUUCAAAGAUAUAAAAGAUUGAUGAAUUCGGUUUUAUCUAAUCGUCUAAACGAACCUAUUUUUGUGAAACUGGGCUUAGGUCAAAUUAUUUCAAAGAAGAUCCAACAGGGCUAACGCCGUUAAAAUGAAAAAUUUACUGCUUUUGUCUACUUCGAAAGUGCAUGGGACCAAUUAUUUGCAGUAUGCGACCAACGAAGUCAAAUCUUUUUUCAGAGACAAUCGUGUCAAUGAAGUACUGUUCAUUCCGUACGCUCUGAAAAACCAUGACAAGUACCUGACAACUGUGAAAGAAGGGUUCGACAAAUAUGUUGGGAUAAAAGUAGAGAGCAUUCACAACAGGGAAGACCCUAAGAAAGCUGUCUCAGAAGCACAGGCUGUAUUUGUUGGAGGUGGAAAUACAUUUCUUCUGUUAAAGACUUUAUGGGAGUAUGGACUUGUAGACAUAAUAAGGAAAAGGGUUUUGAAUGGUGAACUUGUGUACAUGGGAUCUAGUGCUGGCACAAAUGUCGCGACUGUGAGCAUUUGCACUACCAAUGACAUGCCUAUUGUAUAUCCGCCAACUUUCGAAGCUCUCGGCUUAGUUUCUUUCAAUAUAAACCCGCAUUACAUAGAGCCCGAGGUGAAUUCGAAACAUAUGGGUGAAACGAGAGAGAAGAGGAUCGGCCAAUACCACGAACUGCCUGGGACUCCACCGGUUGUCGGCCUCAGAGAAGGUUCGAUAAUGAGAAUUUCAAACAAAACUAUACAACUUUAUGGUCCCCACACUGCAAAAGUGUUCAUCCCAAAUGAAAGUCCUAAAGAGUGCGAUGAACAAAUGUUGAACGACCUGUUGAGAGAAUAUUUAUGAAUAAAACUGCUGCUCUGUUUUAAUCCUUUCAAAUUGAAUAACACUCUUUAUGUACAAAAGCACUUCAAAUUUCUCAAUAUUAUAUAAUCUAUCCAGAUAUAGAAUCAAACUGACAUCACUUGAUGACAACUAUGUAACUGUAGACAAAAUAUAAAAAUUAUAUUAUUUUGGA